AUGAAGAAACCGAAGCAAACUCAGUUGAAUCCCAAUUGGAGUCAACUCCAACAAAAGCUGAAUAACUCCAAGGCUUCAAGGAGCUUCAAAAGUUCAGAUGAAGAUACCCGAGAAUCAUUAUUGGGUAAAAAAAAUGAUUUUUGCUUCUGGGGGUGCAUUGAUUGGUCUGGUGGAUAUAACCCGUGA